UUUGUUAGUGCAGAAAAAUGGCAGCCACCACUAUCCGGUUGUCAUACUACCUUUGCUGUUUGUUGCUGAUAGUGCAGGUGCACUCAGUCAACAGGGACAACUUUAAAACAUGUGACCAAAGUGGAUUUUGCAAGCGUCAUCGUAGCAUGCAACCAGGGAACAGCCCAUACAUAGUGUUAAUGGACUCUCUUAAAAUAUCCUCAUCUCAAAUCAGUGUUCAGUUGCUUAAUACCAAAACUAAUGUUAGGCUAGUUCUAGACUUGUAUGGAUUACAAGGAAAUACAGCAAGAGUGAAAAUUAAUGAGCUGGAGCCAUUAAAGCCUCGUUAUGAAAUACCUGUUGGGGACGUUCUUAUUGGUGAACCCAAGCAACAAGACCUGAAGGUUUUAGACAAAGGUGCUGGGAGUAUAACACUAGGGCUAGAAGAUAAUAAGAUCGUUGUUAGCUACUCUCCAUUCCGUAUCGACUUUGUCUCGGGAGAAGAGCCGGUAGUCAGCAUCAAUGCCCAGGGACUGCUCAAGUUUGAACACUUCAGGAAGAAGCCGGGCUGGGUCGACAAGCUGACUUCUGUAUUCUCAUGGUUUUCCGAACCUUUCAGAGAGGCUCAGCCCGAGGAACAAGCACCAGCAAAUCCUAUAGAGGGGGAGGAGAAAAAGGAGGAGGAAGGAGAGAAGAAGGAAGAAGAGAAGAAGCCAGACAAUGAGGAAGAGCCUGGAUUGUGGGAGGAAACCUAUAAAUCAUUUCAUGAUCCCAAGCCUAAUGGUCCAGCUUCUGUAGGAAUCGAUGUUUCAUUUCCGGGGUUUGAGAACGUGUAUGGCAUUCCAGAGCACGCUGAGAGUAUGGCACUAAAAACCACCAAAGACACGGAUCCUUACCGUCUGUUUAAUCUGGAUGUGUUUGAGUACGAGCUCUACAAUCCCAUGGCUCUCUACGGCUCGGUACCCGUCAUGUGGGCUCACAAUGAGAAGAGCACUGUUGGAAUUUAUUGGAACAAUGCUGCUGAGACUUGGAUAGACAUCAGAUCAACCACGGCAGACAAGAACUUCUUUUCCAAGAUUGCUGACCUCGUUAAGGGAAACACAGAGAUGGCUCAGAUGGACACACACUGGUUCUCAGAGAGCGGUGUGGUUGACAUCUUUGUCAUGCUUGGACCCCGCCCCAAGGACGUGUUCAAACAGUACGCAGCUCUGACAGGAUCCACUGAACUCCCGCCGCUUUUUGCAAUUGCAUAUCAUCAGUGUAGAUGGAAUUACAAUGACCAAGAUGAUGUCAAAAAUGUGGAUGCCAACAUGGAUUCAUUUGACAUCCCAUAUGAUGUCAUAUGGUUAGAUAUUGAACACACAAAUGGCAAAAGAUAUUUUACCUGGGAUGCACACAAGUUCCCUUCAUCUAAAGACAUGAUAAAUGGCGUGGCUGUGAAAGGCAGGAAAAUGGUCACCAUUGUGGACCCCCAUUUAAAGAGAGACGACAAUUAUAACGUGUACACAGACGCCAAGAACAGAGACAUGAUGGUUAAAGGAGGAGGCGGGGAAGAAUACGAGGGCUGGUGCUGGCCAGGUUCCUCAAGUUGGCCAGACUUUAUCAACCCUGAGGUCAGAAACUGGUGGGCCUCCAAGUUCCAGUACUCUGAGUACGGUGGUAGCACGCCAGAUCUUUACAUCUGGAACGACAUGAACGAGCCUUCCGUGUUCAACGGACCGGAAAUAACCUUCCACAAGGACGUACAACAUUAUGGAGGGACUGAAAACAGAGAUGUACACAACUUGUACGGAUUUUAUGUGCAAAAAGCUACAGCUGAGGGUAUUUUGAUGAGAUCCAACAACGAGCAGAGACCUUUCGUCUUGACCAGGGCCUUCUUUGCUGGUUCUCAAAGAUUUGGGGCGGUAUGGACCGGUGACAACAUGGGGGAAUGGUCUCACCUCAAAGUAAGCAACCCUAUGCUGCUGACCCUCAAUCUGGCAGGAAUCACUUUCUCGGGGGCCGAUGUCGGCGGCUUCUUCAGGAAUCCAGACCAUGAGCUUCAGACUCGCUGGUAUCAGGCUGGAUCUUUCCAACCUUUCUUUAGAGCACACGCCCACAUUGACACAAAGAGGCGUGAGCCCUUCCUCCUACCGGAGGAGAACAUGAAGAUUGUACGAGAAGCCAUCCGUAAGCGGUAUACUUACCUCCCCUUCUGGUACACUCUCUUCUACCAUGGAUUCCGCAGUGGUGAGACAGUGAUGAGUCCAUUGUGGGUGACAUACCCCGAGGAUAAGAGCACGUUUGAAAUGGACGAUGAGUAUUUGUUAGGAUCAUCUCUGUUGGUUAAACCAAUCACAGAGCAAGGAUCUGUAGGAACAAGUGUUUAUUUCCCGGGCAAGGAUGAAGUAUGGUACGACAUUGACACUUACCAGAGUUACGCUGGUUCACAGAACACCUACGUUAACGCCCCUCUAGAUAAGAUUCCAGUCUUUCAGCGGGGUGGAUCCAUUGUACCUCGUAAGAUGAGAGUGCGGAGGUCCUCUUCUCUUAUGGCUAGCGAUCCUUUCACUUUGAUCAUCUGUCUAGAUAAACAGGGUGAAGCCUCCGGAGACUUGUAUGCUGAUGAUUAUAAAUCAUUCGCUUAUAGAAGAGGAGAAUACAUUCACCGAACAUUUAGCUUCAAAAAUAAUAUAUUACAAAGCAGUAAUGCAGAUCCUAGUGGAAAAGGGUCUACUAAGGAAUGGGUAGAAAAACUAAUCAUAGUGGGUUAUCCUAAAGCUGCCACAAGUGUCCAUAUCACAGUUGAUGGCAAUUCACAGUCUCUACAUCACAGCUAUGAUAGUAACAGCCGAGUGUUGACCGUCAGAAAGCCCGAGGUCAACAUCGCCAAAGACUUCACCAUCACCAUUCAGUAAUCUUACUCCCUAUUGGUCCAUGCCACCAACUUAGAGCUAAUCAGGAAUUGUGUUACAUUCAAGCUCUUUAAAUUAGAUGUUUAAUUUUUCUACAGUAUUUCAUUUCAAAUGAAGAAGCAAAAACUAUUAUGCUUGGUGGGUGUUGAGUUUGUAUGAUAGUUUGAUUUUUUUCUAGGGUCACUGUGUGACUUUUGUUUGAAGAUGUACAAAAAUCAGGAGAAUUAUCACUUUCAAAAAUUGAGUUGUUAUGAUGUUAAUGGUACAUAUACGUUGACCAUAUUUCUUUUGAACAUAUUUCUCUCUCUCAUCCCUGCUCAUUAAACUUGAAGUUACUUAAUAAAAAUGAUAUUAAAUCUAUAGGGCUAAUGAACAUAUUGAUUUUACAAUGAAGUUCACUCAACUGCUUGCCAGUUUUUAGAACAGUGAACAUAAAGAAUAUACAUGUAUGGUAUAUUUAUUUUUGUAGAACAUUCCAUGUAUUUUACUGUAGAUUCUCAAUUAUUUAAAAGGAAUUAUUUUUUCUCAUAAAUUUGCAAGAAACCUCUCAUUUGAAAUUUUAAAUCUUGCUUAUACCUACUAAUAUGCGAGUGUAUUAUGGUACAUUAUCAGAGUAUUUGUAAAUUUCAGUCAUAUGGUUAGAAGCUGAGGUGCAAUUUUGCAAAAGAUAUUCUAAAUAAUGAUCUACAUGUAUUGUAAUAUUAAGGGUACAAUAUCUCUGUUAAAAUCCCAAUUGUAGUGUGUACAUCUUACACCUGGUCUCCGCCUCACCUGUUCUUUCUUCUUUUUAUCUCUUUUUUUCUGUGAUACUUUCUGAUUUAUAAUCAAAAGGACAUCUGUCAACAGCUUAAGGAUCCUUCAAAAAAUAGUCUCAUUUGUCUGUCCAAAAAUCACUGAACAAUCAAGGUUUAGUGAUUCUCACACAUUUUCUGGUAAAUACAUGUAUCUUUGUGAUAAGAUUUGUUGUUCAUUGUAUUUAAUCACUUGUAAGUCCCAUGCCAUGCCCUUAAUGUUGUGCACAAGACAUGAAAAGGUCAGUUUAAAAUUUCUUGUUAAGAUUGAUUUUUCGUGUUUAAAAUAGAAAGGAACUACUGUCCAAGCAAGUAAGUGUUGUAAACACCAAUAUUUUUUUACUAAAUAGGAAGAUGGAGAAGAUGCAUUUGUUAUAAAUGACCAGUAGGAUGCUUUCUGUGUUGCUGUGUUAGUGAUAUUGUUUACAAUCUGUGUGAGAGGUAGACAUGGCUUACUGUUUGUGCUGUACGUGUUAGCUCACACCAACUUCCGUGUUAUCUCAGGUCGGAGAAAAAUGGUUGGUUAAUUAAAAAAAAAUCUAAACAAAACGUAUAAAAGACACAUUGAAAAAAUAAAUAUGUACUUCUCAAUGAAAUCAGGUGUAUUCCAAUUGUGGGUUUUUGCAGUGGUGUUAAUAAUUUUGUACUAACCCUUUGGUAUCUUAUAUUGUUGUAAACUCAGUGCUUUACUGUUUCCCAUUGAAAAAAGUGCUAUUUGGAUUUGAUAUCCUUGUUGUAUAUCUAAGAAUGAUGUUAAUUCGAUCUUUGAAAUAUUCUAGAUACCUGUAUGUGUAAUUAUAUUUAUAUGAGAAAGUGAAGACGGCAUUAUACAUGUACAAUAAACAAUUAGUUCAGUGGAACAGUCAUGAUUUCAUGCCAUUAUUCUGCUUUUGUAAAUUCCAUAAACAUAUUUUCACAAGUUUGAAAGUAAAAAAGAGAAUGUGUAAUUGUUUUUUGCUGUUUCGAAAAUAUGGUUUGGUGCAUUUUACUUGCUGUUGUAUAUUUACUUUGUCUAAAUUACAUGAACUUGUUCGACAUGUACUUGUACUUGUGGGAAAUUGCAAUAUACAGUGUACUUUAUAAUGUCACAUUUAAAUGUUGGAGAUUUUCAAAAUAAGUUUUUGGAAGUAAAAUAACUGGUUAUGUUUAUUUAAAAGCAGACAAGCUACAUACAGCAUGUGGGCUACGUUUGUCGACCUUGGCUUAUUGUUGAUCGUUACACAUAAUUACGCAUCGAAAAAUUAGAUUGUGAUUGUUUGAUACAUGUAAAUGAAUGUCACAAAUGUUUUGUCUUUCGCUGUGAGAAUAUGGGGCUAUAUGGUCUGAUGAAUGUGCUACAAGUUGUCAUUUUGAUCAUUUAUACAUAUGAAUAUGCCAUUGUCCCUUUCCUUGAAACCGAAGAAAGAAUUUGCAAGUCCAAAUCUGAUUGAUCAUUGUUAAUAAAUUUUAGAAGGAAACCUU